AUGUUGAUGCCUGUGCCGAUCAUCUGGAAGUUGCAAAUGUCGAUUAAAAAGAAGAUCGGGGUUACAAGUGUGUUUAUGGUCGGAAUAUUCACGAUCGGCGCAGGAGUUGCGAGGACAUACAUCUAUCUUGUGACGUCUUAUGACAAGGAGGAUAACCCUGAUUUCAUUGCCGAUUUCACACUUUUUAUCCUGUGGUCGGAGAUCGAGGUGAAUGUGGCUAUGAUUGUUUGCUGCAUGCCAGUCUUUGGGCCUGUUCUUGGUCAAUGUCGCGAUACUCUGUACCGUCGCUUUGGUCAGCCAAAGGAUGGCGAGUUUGGUCUCCUCGGGCAUUCUACAUCGGCAUCAACGAAUGACGGGAAGACACCCCUCACAAAUUUCAGCGCUUCAAGCGGGUCAUAUGCACACCGUGAUCAGGUGUCUUACGAAGGAAAAUUGGAUGGCCCGUGA